GUCGGAGAUGGGACUAACAGCAGCAGCCUGAAUAAUGUAGAUCACCAUCUCCUGCACCACCAUAAUGAACUGAACAUGGCCAAUAAUGCAACUUCUGCUGCUGCCACCGGUAAUAACAACAACAACGCUAACACCAGCAGUAGCAGCAGCUCCUCUUCGGAGUCGGCUCUGAAAGAAGGUGGAAGCUCAUCGGGGUUACCGUCUUCUUCCUCCUCCUCCUCCUCCUCCAACCCGGGCUCGGCCAUGGAGACGGGGCUGCUCCCCAACCACAAACUGAAAAACGUUGGAGGCGAUCACCCUGCUGCACCUCCCCACCACCAUGCCCACCACCCUCAUCACCAUGCCCACCACCACCAUGCCCACCACCAGCACCACCACCACCAUGCACUACAGCAGCAACUAAAUCAAUUCCAGCAGCAGCAGCCGCCGCCUCAGCACCAUCCGAUGCAGAAUAACAACAGCCUCGGCGGCGGCAGCAGCAACAACAACAACGGCGGUGGCGGCGCUGCUCAGCCCAGUGCAGACAUGGAGCAGCAGCAACAUGGAGGAAAAGACAGUGUUUUGGGAAAUCAGGCCGAGCCCCCGCCGCCGCCGCAGCAAAUGCUGAAUAAAGGGGGCGAGGAGGAAGAGCUGCCCAGCAAAAUGGGCGAGCAGAUCGGCGGCCGCUACGAUCACCCCAGCCUGGGACCUUUGGGCGGACAGCAGCAGCAGCAGCCCCAAAGCGCUGGGAGCGGCAGCGGCAAUAGUAGCAGCGGCGGCGGGAGUGGGGGAGGCGGCGGCGGCCCCUCCGCGGUGGGUGUCUCGGAGUUUAAUAGCUAUUACGGCAACCCUGCCCCUGCCAGCAGCGCUACAGCGAGCCGAGCCGGGCCUUGCUUUGAUCAACAUGGCGGACAACAAAGCCCCGGGAUGGGGCUGAUGCACCCCACGGCGGCCCCCAACAGCAUGGACCCCCUGCAGAACUCCCACGAGGGUUACCCCAACAGCCAGUACAACCACUACCCCGGCUACGGCCGGCCCGGCGGCGCCGCAGCAGGAGGAGUGGGAGCGGCGGCGGCAGCCGCCGCGGCUGCAGCAGGAGCCGGAGGAGGCGGCUAUGGGGGCUCGUCCUCUGGCUACGGGGUGCUGAGCUCCCCCAGGCAGCAGGGCAGCAGCAUGAUGAUGGGCCCAGGUGGAGGGGCCAGCCUUGGCAAGGCUGCUGCGACUUCUGGGGCUGGAGGCUUUCAGAGAUUUUCCGGGCAGAACCAGCACCCGUCCGGGGCCACCCCUACCUUGAACCAGCUGCUCACUUCCCCCAGCCCCAUGAUGAGGAGCUAUGGCAGCAGCUACCCUGAUUACAGCAACCCCAGUGCCCCACCACAGCAGCAGCCACAACCCCAGGCAGCAACGGCAGCCCCAGGAAGCCAGCAGGCAGCAGCGGGCAUGGGCAUGGGCAAAGACAUGGGCUCCCAGUAUGGAUCUGCAAACCCAGCCUGGGCAGCAGCACAACAAAGAGCUCAUCCAGCUAUGAGUCCUGGAAGCACUGGUCAGACCAUCAGCAGAACCCAGGGCAGCCCAAUGGAUCCAAUGGUAAUGAAGAGACCUCAGUUGUAUGGAAUGGGCAAUAACCCUCAUUCACAGACCCAGCAAAGCAGUCCAUACCCGGGGCAGUCAUAUGGCCCUCCAGGACCUCAGCGAUAUCCGAUGGGAAUGCAGGGACGGACCUCGGGAGCCCUGGGAGGAAUGCAGUAUCCACAGCAACAGAUGCCGCCUCAGUAUGGUCAGCAAGGUGUAAGUGGCUACUGCCAACAGGGCCAACAGCCAUAUUACAACCAGCAACCGCAACCUCAGCAUCUGCCGCCCCAGGCACAGUAUCUGUCGCAGGCUCAGCAGAGGUACCAGACACAGCAGGACAUGUCUCAGGAAGGCUAUGGAACCAGAUCCCAACCCCCUAUAGCCUCAGGAAAGCCUAACCAUGAAGACUUAAACCUAAUACAACAAGAAAGACCAUCAAGCUUACCAGAUUUAUCCGGCUCCAUUGAUGACCUGCCCACUGGAACUGAAGCAACACUGAGUUCAGCAGUUAGUGCAUCAGGUUCUACAAGCAGCCAGGGAGAGCAGAGUAACCCUGCACAGUCACCUUUCUCCCCUCAUGCCUCCCCACAUCUCUCUGGCAUCCCAGGGGGUCCAUCACCUUCCCCUGUAGGCUCUCCUGUUGGAAGCAACCAAUCAAGAUCUGGUCCAAUUUCUCCUGCAAGUAUUCCAGGUAGUCAAAUGCCACCUCAGCCUCCUGGUAGUCAAUCAGAAUCCAGCUCCCAUCCUGCCUUGAGCCAAUCACCAAUGCCCCAAGAUCGAGGUUUUAUGGCAGGCAUACAAAGGAACCCACAAAUAUCCCAAUAUGGACCUCAGCAGACUGGGCCUUCCAUGUCACCACAUCCUUCACCUGGAGGCCAAAUGCAUCCUGGGAUUGGUAGUUUCCAGCAAAGUAAUUCAAGUGGUACUUAUGGGCCUCAGAUGAGCCAGUAUGGACCACAAGGAAACUACUCCAGACCGUCAACAUACAGUGGAGUGCCUAACACAAGUUACAGUGGCCCAGGACCCGGCAUGGGUAUAAAUGCCAAUAGUCAGAUGCAUGGACAGGGGCCAAGCCAGCCAUGUGGUACCAUGCCCCUGGGACGGAUGCCAUCAGCUGGGAUGCAAAGCAGACCAUUUCCUGGAAACAUGGGCAGUAUGACCCCCAAUUCUCCUGGCAUGUCUCUGCAGGGAGGCCCUGGGAUGGGCCCACCCAUGCCAACUGUGAACCGUAAGGCACAGGAGGCAGCUGCUGCAGUGAUGCAGGCUGCUGCAAACUCCGCUCAGAGCAGGCAAGGCAGCUUUCCUGGCAUGAAUCAGAGUGGUAUUAUGGGAUCCAGUUCUCCCUACACGCAGCCGAUGAACAACAGCUCUGGCCUGAUGAACCCACAAGCUCCUCCUUACAGCAUGGCACCUAACAUGGUGAACAGUUCAACAGCACCUAUGGGUCUUGCAGAUAUGAUGACACCUGGUGAGUCCAAACUGUCCCUUCCUCUCAAAGCAGAUGGCAAAGAAGAAGGACCCCCACAGCCCGAGAGCAAGUCAAAGGAUAGCUACAGCUCUCAGGGUAUUUCUCAGCCCCCAACCCCAGGCAACCUGCCAGUCCCUUCCCCAAUGUCCCCAAGCUCUGCUAGCAUCUCCUCAUUUCAUGGAGAUGAAAGUGAUAGCAUUAGCAGCCCAGGCUGGCCAAAGACUCCAUCAAGCCCUAAAUCAAGUUCCUCCACCACAACUGGAGAAAAGAUCACAAAAGUCUAUGAGCUGGGAAGUGAGCCAGAGCGCAAGAUGUGGGUGGAUCGAUACCUCACCUUCAUGGAAGAAAGGGGCACGCCUGUGGCCAGUCUGCCAGCUGUAGGCAAGAAGCCACUGGACCUCUUCAGGCUUUAUGUCUGUGUCAAAGAGAUUGGAGGUUUAGCACAGGUUAAUAAAAACAAGAAGUGGCGCGAGUUGGCAACCAACCUGAAUGUUGGCACUUCAAGCAGCGCAGCCAGCUCCCUGAAAAAACAGUAUAUUCAGUACCUGUUUGCCUUUGAGUGUAAGAUAGAACGAGGGGAGGAGCCCCCUCCGGAGGUCUUCAGCACUGGAGAUACUAAGAAACAACCUAAGAUUCAGCCGCCAUCUCCUGCUAAUUCUGGUUCCCUACAAGGUCCACAGACUCCCCAGUCUACUGGUAGUAAUUCCAUGACAGAAGUGCCGGGCGACUUGAAGCCUCCAACACCAGCAUCAACACCUCAUGGACAGAUGACGCCCAUGCAGGGCGGCAGAAACAGUGCAGUUAGUGUGCACGAUCCCUUUUCUGAUGUAAGUGAUUCUGCAUUCCCGAAGCGAAACUCCAUGACGCCAAAUGCACCAUACCAGCAAGGGAUGAACAUGCCAGAUAUGAUGGGAAGGAUGCCCUAUGAACCGAAUAAGGACCCUUUUGGUGGGAUAAGAAAAGUGCCUGGAAGCAGUGAGCCCUUCAUGGCCCCUGGACAAAUGCCCAAUAGUGGAAUACAGGAUAUCUAUAACCAGACUCCAUCUGGAGCAAUGUCCACCAUGAGCAUGAGCCAGCGGCAGCAGUUCUCUUAUGGAGGUGGCUAUGACAGGAGGCAUGAACCAUAUGGGCAGCAGUAUCCAGGGCAAGGACCUCCUUCAGGACAACCACCGUAUGGAGGACAUCAACCUGGAAUGUAUCCACAGCAGCAGAACUAUAAGCGUCAUAUGGAUGGCAUGUAUGGGCCUCCAGCAAAACGCCAUGAAGGGGAUAUGUAUAACAUGCAGUAUGGCAAUCAGCAGCAAGAAAUGUAUAACCAGUACAGCAACACUUACUCUGGAUCAGACAGGAGGCCUAUCCAGGGACAGUAUCCAUAUCCUUAUAACAGGGAGAGGAUGCAGGGCCCCGGACAAAUCCAGCAGCAUGGAAUACCCCCACAGAUGAUUGGUGGCCCCAUGCAGUCAUCAUCCACCAGUGAAGGUCCUCAGCAGAAUAUGUGGCCAACACGAAAUGAUAUGCCUUACCCUUACCAGAACAGGCAAGGCCCUGGAGGCCCUGCACAGGCCCCACCCUAUCCAGGGAUGAACCGCACUGAUGAUAUGAUGGUACCUGACCAGAGAAUAAACCAUGAGAGUCAGUGGCCUUCUCAUGUCAACCAACGUCAGCCUUCUUACAUGUCAUCCUCAGCCUCCAUGCAGCCUAUCACUCGACCUCCUCAGUCGUCCUACCAGACACCACCCUCAAUGCCAAACCACAUCUCUAGGGCUCCAAGUCCAGCAUCCUUCCAGCGCUCUUUAGAGAACCGUAUGUCUCCAAGCAAGUCUCCUUUCCUACCCUCUAUGAAGAUGCAGAAGGUUAUACCCACAGUUCCAGUGUCACAAGUCACAGGACCUCCACCCCAGCCACCACCAAUUAGGCGAGAAAUUACUUUCCCUCCAGGCUCCGUAGAAGCAUCGCAACCAGUCUUAAAACCAAGACGAAAGAUUACCUCAAAAGAUAUUGUAACUCCUGAGGCCUGGCGAGUGAUGAUGUCUCUUAAAUCUGGCCUUUUGGCUGAAAGUACCUGGGCUCUAGACACUAUUAAUAUUCUUCUGUAUGAUGACAGCACUGUUGCUACUUUCAACCUUUCGCAGUUAUCUGGAUUUCUUGAGCUUUUGGUAGAAUAUUUUAGAAAAUGCCUGAUUGACAUUUUUGGAAUCCUUACGGAAUAUGAAGUGGGAGAUCCAGGUCACAAAGCACUUGAUCACAACGCAGUCAAGAAGGAUGACAGCCAGUCCUUGGCAGUGGAUACUGGAAAAGAGGAGGGAAAUGAUGAAUGUAUUGACUACUUUGAUGAAGAUGAGGAGGAGGAUGAAGAGGAGGAGGAGGAAGAUGAAAUUGAAAAAAUAGAAGGAGAAGAAAAGAGCACUGUUUUUGCCACUCCCAGUGCCAUUGCUGAUCCAAGUGAGAGGCCAAAACAAGCCAGUAAAUUUGACAAGCUGCCAAUAAAGAUUGUAAAGAAAAAUAAUCUAUUUGUUGUUGACAGAUCUGACAAACUGGGGCGUGUUCAGGAAUUCAACAGUGGGCUUCUCCACUGGCAGCUUGGUGGGGGUGAUACUACUGAACACAUCCAGACUCACUUUGAGAGCAAGAUGGAGAUUCCUCCACGAAGGAGGGCCCCUCCGCCCUUGAACUCUCCAAGCAAAAAGAAGGAUCUGGAGGGGAAAGGUGAACCUGAAGAACAACAGGAAAAAAGUAUAACAGCUACCAUCGAUGAUGUCCUGUCAGCUCGACCAGGAGCAUUGCCCGAAGAUUCAAACCCUGGUUCCCAGACAGAGAGCAGUAAAUUUCCCUUUGGGAUCCAUCAAGCCAAAAGCCACCGGAAUAUUAAACUGCUAGAAGAUGAGCCAAGGAGCCGGGAUGAGACUCCUCUAUGCACCAUAACUCAUUGGCAAGACUCCUUGGCUAAACGCUGCAUCUGUGUGUCAAAUAUUGUCCGUAGCUUGUCUUUUGUGCCUGGCAAUGACGCCGAAAUGUCCAAACAUCCAGGCUUGGUGCUGAUCCUGGGAAAGUUGAUCCUCCUUCACCAUGAGCAUCCGGAAAGAAAGCGAGCGCCACAGACAUAUGAGAAAGAGGAAGAGGAGGACAAAGGGGUGGCCUGCAGCAAGGAUGAGUGGUGGUGGGACUGCCUCGAGGUCUUGAGGGAUAAUACAUUGGUCACAUUAGCCAACAUUUCUGGGCAGCUAGACUUGUCUGCUUAUACAGAAAGCAUCUGUUUGCCAAUUUUGGAUGGCUUGCUGCACUGGAUGGUGUGCCCAUCUGCAGAGGCACAGGAUCCUUUUCCAACCGUGGGGCCCAACUCAGUCCUAUCGCCUCAAAGACUUGUGCUGGAGACCCUGUGUAAGCUCAGUAUCCAAGACAAUAAUGUGGACCUUAUCUUGGCCACUCCCCCAUUCAGUCGUCAGGAGAAACUCUACGCUACUUUAGUUAGGUACGUUGGGGACCGCAAAAACCCAGUCUGCCGAGAAAUGUCCAUGGCUCUCUUAUCGAACCUUGCCCAGGGGGACAUGUUAGCAGCAAGGGCAAUAGCUGUGCAGAAGGGAAGCAUUGGAAAUUUGAUAAGUUUCUUGGAGGAUGGGGUCACUAUGGCCCAGUACCAACAGAGCCAGCAUAACCUCAUGCACAUGCAGCCUCCACCUCUGGAGCCACCUAGCGUAGACAUGAUGUGCAGGGCAGCCAAGGCUUUGCUAGCCAUGGCUAGAGUGGACGAGAACCGCUCAGAGUUCCUUUUGCAUGAGGGUCGUUUGCUGGAUAUCUCAAUAUCUGCUGUCCUGAACUCUCUGGUUGCAUCUGUCAUCUGUGAUGUACUUUUUCAGAUUGGGCAGUUAUGACAUAAGUGAGAAGCCAAGCAUGUGUGAGUGGAGAUUAGAGGGUCACAUAUAACUGGCUGUUUUCUGUUCUUGUUUAUCCAGCGUAGGAAGAAAGAAAAAAAAGAAUCUUUGCUCCUCUGCCCCAUUCACUAUUUACCAAUUGGAAAUUAAAGAAAUUAUUAAUUUGAACAGUUAUGAAAUUAAUAUUUGCUGUCUAUGUGUAUAAGUACAUCUUUUUAUUUUAUUUUUUUUAACCAAAGUUGCUGUCUAGUACAUUCAAAGGUCACACUUUUUUUCCAUAGAUUAUCCUUUUCAAUGUUCUUUUCCAUGUUUGUAUUACAUAUUUUUUGGGAAGCGAACUAGUGACUUUAAAAAAAAAUUGUGGCAAACCAUUGUAUGAUGGGGGGGGAAAGAAAUCUCACCACUUUGAAAUGAAAAGGUGAAAAAAAACCCAACAUACCAAGUUCCUGUGUGUUUUAUUUUUUCAAAAAAAGGAAAAAUAAAAAUAACCUGUACACCAUCACCCAAAGCUCUGUGCAAUAGAAAAUUCUAGUGAUGUAGGUGUAGGGGAUCAACGAGGACGUCAGUCGGUAGUCAAAAUACAAAAUGAUAUUGGUUUCUCCACAGGAGAAAUGGUUACAUUAGGCUAGGAGCAAAACAAAAAAAUGUUUUUAAAGUUUAAAAGAUUUUAAACACAAACCUGAUGACGAUAAACGUAAAUUGCUUCCUCACCAGAACUGUCUUGUCUGCAUCUGUUGUUUGACCUUCCACAAUGACAGUUCUUCACAAUUCCUUUAAUCAUUUUUUUAAAUAUUUUUUUUAUUGCCUAAGGGCCGUGAUGUAUAUAGAAGUUGUACAUUAAACAUGCCCUCAUCUUUUUUUUUUAAGUACAAAGUUUUUAGUUUUUUUUCCAUGAUGUGGUAACUCCAAAGUGACAGUAGAAUUUUUUUUCCCUUUCAUUUGGGCCAUAUCUCCAAAAAAACCCGAGGGUAAUGUACAAGUUUCUGUAUGUAUAAAGUCAUGCUCUAUUUCGGGAGAGCAGCCGAUCACAAUUUGCUUUAUAAAUCAAGGUGUGGAAAUGGUUACGUAUGGAUUGAUUUAAGAAAAUGGUUACCAGUCUACAGUCAAAAAAAAAUAUACAG